AUGACAGCAGAUCUGGCCGGUCAGGUAGGGGGCUUGGAGACAAGAUUUCAAUCUGUCACUUUAGAAAAGCCUGGGAUCAAAGAAAGUAAUGACCAGGACAGUCCUGUUGUUGACGAUGUGCCGCCCAAGGUGACACCGGCAGUCGAUUCCCUCGCUGAAAAGACGUCUACCGGCACAGACGAGUCAGGUCCUAUACGAUAUAGAAUUGAAUAUGUCGGUAAAGACUCUGGUACUUUUUCGAUCCAGGGAAGAACAGCCACGCUUGACGCUUUGGAAGAGCCUCCAGUCUUUGAGUAUGUCGAGGUCCGCUUGUCAAGCCAGAAAGAACUGACUUCGGCGACAAAGGCGGAGGACAUAAAGAAGACCGAUAAGGGUAAAGGGCGUGCGUAUAUCAACAUAUUCUCCCCUGCCGUUGCCGAGGCCCUCCGGUGUGUGGUUGACUACUUUCCCAAGCUUGAUCUUUCCGGAAACGUCAUCAAAAUCUUGGAGCCUUACUCUGUCUUUGUCUUUUACGAAAAGGAAUUCACGGCAUACCGAGAAAGAGCCGCCAAGCUUGCCGCCACGGGGACCCGUCGUGCCCGAACCGAUGGGCCGCAAGGCACCUAG